AGAAGCACCUCCCCCGCUCUGUCUCUAAAUCUACCAAAGUUGUUUGUGUCCAUCUCUAGAAUUUUUGAAAUGAAAACACCAACAUAUUUUCACUCAAAUCUGUCCUUGCAUAUAUAUGAUUCAGGCCUCCACAUACUUGGUGACAGGCCGUCCACCACCACCAUUACCGCCACCACCAUCACACCAAGUAGAAGUACUAGCAUUAAUACCACUGUCGCUGCCAUCCUCUUUGCUUUGUUUCUCUUGACUCUCUCUCAGAACAUUCACUAUUGCAACUGCAUUUCAAAGAGUCCCAUGUCUGCCACUUGUCCUGCAAUCUCACAUCCCCUUCUUUCCUCCAUUGCUCGUUUCCCUUUUUUGUUCAAACAAUAUGGAAAGUUCCCUUUCAUGUUUUUCCUGCUUUCGUUUCUAUCCUUAAACGGCGCACUAGUUGCAUAAGAUGUACCUGCAGAAUCAUUUCAAACAUGUCAGGCAUACUAUGGUAAAACAGAAAAAAAAAGGUGACAAAAAGUAGAGUUAGCCCGUGUCACCCCUCACAAGCUUCCCAGUAUGUAUAAAUAAAGCCAUUCACACGGGACUUAUCUCCACUGCAUAUCUAACAGUAUUAUCAGGAGUUGGAACAGCAAAAGAUGUCAAUUUCCUGUGCCAAAAACUUCUUCAAUCGGUUCUGUAGCGACGAGGUUCAAAUGGGGAGUAUCUACCAUGCCAGCUUCUUUUCUAGUGACCUCCUACCAUCCCUUGGAGCAAGAAUAAACCAAGCAACCAAACUUCGCAGAUACAUAAUCUCCCCCUACAGUUCCCGUUAUAGGGCUUGGGAGAUGUGGCUGGUUGUUCUCGUUGUUUACUCUGCCUGGAUCUCUCCUUUUGAGUUUGCAUUUCUAACUUACAGGAAAGAUGAUGCGCUAUUCAUCAUCGACAACAUUGUCAAUAGCUUUUUUGCCAUUGAUAUUGUUCUCACCUUUUUUGUUGCGUACCUCGACAGCCAUACUUAUCUUCUUGUUGAUAAUCCGAAGAAAAUAGCAAUCAGGUACAUAUCUACUUGGUUUAUGUUUGAUGUCUGCUCAACUGCCCCAUUUCAAUCUCUCAGUCUCCUGUUCACACAUCAGAGCAGCAGCGAAAUUGGCUUUAGCUUACUCAACAUGCUUAGACUCUGGCGUCUCCGACGGGUUAGCUCCCUGUUUGCAAGACUUGAGAAGGACAUUCGGUUCAAUUAUUUCUGGACUCGGUGCACAAAACUUGUUUCUGUAACCCUGUUUGCAGUGCACUGUGCUGGAUGCUUUAACUACUCUAUUGCGGAUAGGUAUCCUGAUCCAAAGAGGACCUGGAUAGGUGCAGUAAACCCAAAUUUCAAAGAAGACAGUCUCUGGGACAGAUAUGUAACUGCGAUUUACUGGUCUAUCACCACACUGACUACAACUGGAUACGGGGAUCUGCACGCUGAGAACCCCAGGGAGAUGCUAUUUGAUAUCUUCUAUAUGCUAUUCAACUUGGGAUUGACAGCUUACCUCAUUGGAAACAUGACAAACCUCGUAGUUCACUGGACCAGCCGCACAAGGAAUUUUAGGGACACAGUUAGAGCGGCUUCAGAGUUUGUUACACGAAAUCAGUUGCCACAUCGCAUACAGGAUCAGAUGUUGUCACACUUGUGUUUGAAGUUCAAAACAGAAGGACUGAAGCAGCAAGAAACCUUGAAUAGUCUGCCAAAAGCCAUUCGUUCAAGCAUUGCACACUAUCUCUUCUACCCCAUCGUCCAAAAUGUUUAUCUCUUUGCAGGAGUUUCUCACGAUUUCCUCUUCCAAUUGGUGUCAGAAAUGGAGGCUGAAUAUUUUCCACCCAAGGAAGAUAUCAUCCUGCAGAGCGAAGCUUCAACAGAUCUUUAUAUACUUGUCUCUGGAACUGUGAACUUGAUAUCCCAUGCAGAUGGAUGCAAUCAGAUUCUUGGAAAAGCAACUGCAGGGGAUACUUUUGGAGAAAUAGGAGUUUUAUGUUACAGGCCACAACCUUUCACAGCUAGGACAGCUGAGCUUUCCCAAAUACUAAGGCUAACCAGGACUUCACUGAUGAACACCAUGCAGGCAAAUUCGGAAGAUGGCCGCAUCAUGAUGAGUAAUCUUUUCAAGAAACUUCAGGCUUCAGAAAGCACAGGUGUUGAUUACCGAGACAGAGAUUCAGGAUUGAUUCACAAAGAAUGGUUUGAUGGAGGACCUAAAGAAGGAUGCUCUUCUGAGGCAGGAUGUCAAAAUUAUUCGCAUCGAGAUCCAUCAGGGCAUGACGCAGGGGAUGUGUCUUCUAACGAACCCGAAGCUACAGAAAUGUGCAAAACAUGCACAGGUCAUAGUUUUAUUAAACAAGGAACAGGUGGGAAUUCAACAAUUGAGUGCGUCCAAAUGGAUCUACAUGCUGCUGUUCGCAAGGGGAAUAUCGAAAUGGUUAGAAGUCAGCUGGAAGGAGGAGCAAAUACAAACAAACCAGAUGCCAGAGGAUGGACCCCAAAAGCUCUAGCAGAACGGCAAGGAAAUAGAAGCAUAUAUGAUCUCUUACUAAGUUAUGAAAAAAGAAAGAAAGUAGAUGAACAUAAAAUAGAUUUUAUUGAGCCAGAAACUACAGGUGAUGCCAAGAUUAGUCAAGGAAAACAUAAAGGAAUCAGUGGGCCCACUUGUUUCAACUUCCAUUCCAAAAUGGUACCCUCUAGUUCCAGUUUACACAUGUAUAGUUGUCCCAAUAAUAAGGAAGCAAAAACAAUAACCAAGAAGAGAGUCACUAUCCAUAUGCAGUUUCACAACAGUAUGUUGCAAAGACCUCAUGGGAGGUUAAUUGUCCUACCUGAUUCCAUAGAAGAGCUGCUCAGGAUCGGCGGUCAGAAGUUUGGAGGGUACAAAUUUACAAGAGUCAUCAAUGCUGAGAAUGCAGAAAUAGAUGAUAUACAUGUCAUUCGAGAUGGUGAUCAUCUGUUUCUCCUUCGAACAGACUCUGAAAAUUUAUAUUGCGAUGUGACCUAAAAGUUAUUUGAAGGCGUUUUGAUGCAGACAAGUAGACAGCUUAAUGCUUUAAGCAAUGUAUAGAUUUAUUAACAAAAAGUUGAAUACAUGAAUUGUCAAAAAUGGGCCCCCAAUUCGGCCUCCGGAACUCCAGUAAUUUCUGAAAAUUGGGAAGUCAAUACAAAUGGUUCCACUUUCACUCAGUAAA